AUGGGGAGGGCGCCGUGCUGCGACAAGAAGGGGCUCAAGAAGGGGCCGUGGACGCCGGAGGAGGACAAGCUACUCGUCGACUUCAUCCAGGCCAACGGCCAUGGCAGCUGGCGCCUUUUCCCCAAGCUCGCAGGGCUGAACCGGUGCGGCAAGAGCUGCCGGCUGCGGUGGACGAACUACCUGCGUCCGGACAUCAGGCGCGGUCCCUUCACCGCCGAGGAGCAGAAGUCCAUCGUCCAGCUCCACGGCAUCGUCGGCAACAAGUGGUCCAUGAUCGCGGCGCAGCUCCCCGGCCGGACGGACAACGAGAUCAAGAACUACUGGAACACGCACCUGAAGAAGCAGCUCCGCCUCAUGGGCCUCGAUGAGCCGCCGCCCGGCCCGACCGCCGGCUGCCCCGCCGCGCGCCACAUGGCGCAGUGGGAGACCGCGCGCCUUGAGGCCGAGGCGCGCCUCUCGCUCCGCUCCUCCUCAUCCUCGGCCACCGCCGCCGCGACCGCCACCACCACCUCCGGCUCCUCUUCCUCGACGGAGGCCGACACCAUGGCCGCGGCGAAGCCCUCGGACGUCUUCUUGCGCCUCUGGAACUCCGACAUCGGGAGCUCCUUCCGCAAGGUGGCGCCGCCGGUGUCCGUGAAGGAGGAGGAGGCGGUGCUGCCGGGGGAGUACGACUCGUCCGCGGCGUCCGACGAGAACGAGAUGGACGCGGCGGCCGAGUGCCAGAUGUUCCUAGACUUGGCCUGCGAGGAGUUCGCCGGCGACGAGCUCGGGCUGUUCCACGGCCGGUACGGCGGCUUCUCGCUCUUCCCGCCGCUCGACGUGCUCACGGAGGCGUCCCUGGAUACGGCGUUCUAG